AUGGAGAAACCAAGCAUGGAGAAACCAAGCAUGGAGAAACCAAGCAUAGAGAAACCAGGCAUGGAGAAACCAAGCAUUGAGGAACCAAGCAUUGAGGAACCAAGCAUGGAGAAACCAAGCAUGGAGAAACCAGGCAUGGAGAAACCAAGCAUGGAGAAACCAGGCAUGGAGAAACCAAGCAUUGCGGAACCAAGCAUUGAGGAACCAAGCAUGGAGAAACCAAGCAUUGAGGAACCAAGCAUUGAGGAACCAGGCAUGGAGAAACCAGGCAUGGAGAAACCAAGCAUUGAGGAACCAAGCAUGGAGAAACCAGGCAUGGAUAAACGAAGCUUGGAAAAACCAAGCAUGGAUAAAUCAAGCAUGGAGAAACCAAGCACGGAGAAACUAGGCAUGGAUAAACUAGGCAUGGAGAAACCAAGCAUGGAGAAACCAGGCAUGGAGAAACCAAGCAUAGAGAAACCAAGCAUAGAGAAACCAAGCAUGGAGACACUAGGCAUGGAUAAACUAAGCAUAGAGAAACCAAGCAUGGAGAAACCAAGCAUGGGAAACUAA